AAGUGCCGUCUCAGGAUGCAUUCGGUUACAUUUCUGGCCACAGACGGAAUUUGCGUCCUUUAUUACGUAAAGCGUGGACUUGCACGAACCCUCAUGCAGCCGCGAUGACUGGGCCUUUUAAGGAAACCACCGAUUGCGUGUAUAUAACAGCUAAUGACGUCAAGGGAGGAGUCACAAGAUCUCAGAGGCGGGGGCCAUAGUAUUUCACUACAUCGCCGAGAAACCCGGCUGUUCGCGAGUCCUGCGUGAGAAAGCGUUCGGCUGGGAGCGAUGGCGCAGACGCCAGGGGCCGGGAUCGUGGAGACCUGAAAGCGUGGCCGGCAUCGGGAACGAUCUGCACUCCAAAGCAGGAAAAGAGACGCUGACGUGUUUCCCCGCUGCGGCGACGACCUUGGCGCUAUUAACUGCUUGUUAAUCUUUGGGGAGGCGAAUGCGCUUCGGCUGAGAAGUAGACCGAGGCAGGACGCGGGGGUAGGGUGAGCGUUGGGGCUGGUAGGUGGGGUGGGUGCCUGCUUUUGGGGGAUGAUCUCCGUACUUUCCUAUGGCAGACUGGUUGCCAGGGCUGUCCUGGGCGGACUUUCUCAAACCGAUAGCCGGGAUUACAGCCUAGUGACGGCGAGCUGCGGCUUCGGGAAGGACUUUCGCAAGGGGAUCUUGAAGAAAGGCAUGUGCUACGGGGACGACGCCUGCUUUAUAGCCCGGCACAGAUCGGCCGACGUUUUGGGUGUGGCGGACGGUGUGGGCGGCUGGCGGGACUACGGGGUGGACCCCUCCCAGUUCUCGGGGACCCUGAUGAAGACGUGCGAGAGGCUUGUGAGGGAGGGCCGAUUCACACCCAGCAGCCCAGUGGGCAUCCUCACCACCAGCUACUAUGAACUUCUUCAGAACAAAGUUCCCCUUCUGGGCAGCAGCACGGCCUGUAUCGUGGUCCUGGACCGGCAGAGGCACCGGCUGCACACGGCCAACCUGGGCGACUCGGGUUUUCUAGUGGUGCGGGGGGGCGAGGUGGUGCACCGCUCGGAUGAGCAGCAGCAUUACUUCAACACGCCGUUCCAGCUCUCCAUCGCGCCCCCCGGCGCCGAGGGGGCCGUCCUCAGCGACAGUCCCGAGGCGGCCGACAGCUCGUCGUUUGACGUCCAGCUUGGCGACAUCAUCCUGACCGCCACGGACGGCCUCUUCGACAACAUGCCCGACUAUAUGAUCCUGCAGGAGCUGAAGAAGCUGAAGGUUCGGCCCGGCAUCUCUCGCUUCGGCCCGGGAAACGCGGUCUCUGGCCGGCACGUGUUUAUGGCCCCCCCUUUUGUCCGCAGAAACGCGAACUACGAGAGCGUCCAGCAGACGGCGCGGAGCAUCGCGGAGCAAGCCCACCAGCUGGCUUACGACCCCAACUACAUGUCGCCUUUUGCACAGUUUGCGUGUGACAACGGGCUUAAUGUGAGGGGGGGGAAGCCGGAUGACAUCAUCCUGCUCUCUAUUGUGGCCGAGUACACGGACUAGUGCUCUGUGGGAAGGGUGGCCCGGCCCCUCUUCGGUCUGCACGCCAUUUUGUCGUGCCGUUUGCUGCUGUCGGAGGAAGGAACUUUGCAGCUAGUCCAACGCCCUCCCCCCAUACCUGGUACCUUUUCCCACCCCCUUGUGUGCGUCCUCAUCAUCAAAGAAUCAUGAAAUCUGUGUCCAUCCUAUCACGAGCUAACUGUGACAUUGACUGUAGCAUGUGCCCUGAUCGUCCAAUCACAGCGAGACUUAGGGCUGGAUUUGACGUUCUGUCAAAUGUCGUCUUAAUAAAACAGUGGUAAAACAUUGAAACUUGCUGUUAAGGUGGUGAAAACGAGUGUUUUGGGCUGGGGGGGGGUAGCUGUUUGUUUUGGCGUCGUCUGGUCACUGAGGGGUUGGAGGGCAGCGUGUGGUGUGAAGGGGGAGUUAGAAGGCCCCUGGGGGGCAUCAGUCGAAUGUACCCACGGCUUGGUGGCCGCUGUGACCCCGCGGGGGACGUCCUCAAAGUAUGGGGGGGGGGGGGUGUGUUUGCUGCAGUUGAGAUGGUGAAGUUAAGUGGUGUGACACGUGGUAAGGAGGGAAGCUUUGGCCAGGUGAGGUCAUCCUAUCAGAGAGCUGCUGAUAGGCAGCUCACACCUAUUGGCUCAGCUAGGUUACGCCUGUCAGAGGCCACGCCCCCGUAUCCGAGCAGAGUUCUGUCUGAGUGUAUUUAAGUGUGUUGGUUUUUGAAAUAUUUUUUCAAUGCUGUAUAUAAUGUCUUUAAUCAUAACGUGAUGGGAUUUUAAGAGAAAAGGACUCGUUCAGCUAUUGUACAUGUACUACAAUUCAGGGGUAGGAGCAUUUUGAAUCCUACACCAUGUGUAGAAAGGGAAGUUUAUUUUAUUAUUAUUAUUGCUAUUAUUGUUGUUAUGUUCAGAUUUAGUACGAACGCACGCAAAUGCCACUCACCCAAGGACUGUACAAGGUAUCCAGUCCCUUCUCAUCCGCCCCCACCAUGUUUCCUGGUGAUUUGAGGCGUUGAGGCCGCUGGGAGCCUGUGUAGCACAUAAUUUCUGUCUUCUGUCCAGUAUGGGGCGUGCUGUUAUGCGUGGUUGAAAAAGCGCAACGCACAAGGUUAAUGCAUUUGUGAACGCUUGUGGCUAAACGUGCUGAAAACAGGUGUGACUGAAAAAAGCACUAUAUGUUUAGUAUCAGUCUUUUGCCACGCCGAAUGAACAAAAUGGACGUGGACAGCUCGUCGAGGUGGGGCGGAGCUACCUGUCGGUCACGCGGUAUUUCAGGCUCGAUCGUUUCCCUCAGGUUUCACACGGGGUGGGGGUUGUAUGUGUGUUUGCUGUGGACUCUUGCUCUUUGUAUGUUUCACUAUGGAGUUUCUGUUUCCUAAUUUAAUUGAAUGGUGAUGUGCAUGAUCCGCGACGAGGAGAGCUCAGUGUGUGUGUGUGUGUGUGUGUGUGUGUGUGUGUGUGUGUGUGUGUGUGUGUGUGUGUGUGUGUGUGUGUGUGUGUGUGUGUGUGUGUGUAUAGGUUUUUUUCAGUGCACAGAAGUGGCCACUUUGUUCGGUGUACUGCUGUCCCCCUUACACACGCGUGUGUGAUACUCACACACAAUGCUAAUCGCCAUUUCCUGCCACUCAUGUUGCUAAGUAGCUUCUCUAUGCCCACGUCCCAUUUCUCUCGACCUCGUGAGAUAGUGGGUUAUGCCUUUUGGCCAGUCUGACAGAUGCCUGCUCCCUGAAGCAGGUCGAUGUAGCGAUUGGCUGAUUGGCAUAGGGGGGGGAGAGGUGUGAGCAUUAAUUCCACCAACAAGAACCUUGCUGUGAUGAGUGGGGGGGGUUUGUCUCAAAGAAUCUGGCCAGACCUGGUUUGGUGUCAGGCGAAAUGUGGUUCCCAUUCAUCGGCUAACGUGUCACAUGACGACGCAGGUGCACCAAAGAGACGCCCACCCUGUUUCCGCGAUGAAUUCGAUUUAAAAUGUCAAGCAAUACUGUAAUAUGAACUUUUCCUUUUCUUCUAAUGCACUGGCUUUGUGGAUCGCGUCCUAUACGACUGUCUGUCAGUACGAGUAGCCUAGCAAUAUGCAUAAGCAAAAAUGAGGAAGUCUGUCAUCUGUGUGUGACGUGUGUCACUGUGUCGUAAAUCUUAAACCCAUGCCCCCCCUCCCCGUGUGCUGUAUACUAUUGUGUGAUGACUCACAGCUGCUUUGUCACUUCCCCCCUCCCAACUGUUUACUUUUUUUUUAAUUAUUAUUAUUUGAUCUCCCUACACCAUAAAUAAGAUUGGUGGUGAUGUUUUGUAUGUCCGGCUGUUUAUUUUUGGAAAUGUUAUUAUUGUUAUCUGAUCUGCGUGGCCUUUGUAUUCUUGACUUAAUACGGUGUACAGGCAGAGCAGUCCGGAAAAAUCCUAAAUGAGGCCAAAAUGGGAAAGCCAUAGAGCAGCGUUUCCCAGUCCAGUACCCAGACCCACAGAGAGUCCGUGUUUUUGCUCCCUCCCGUGAGCUGUCUGGCAGGGAGCUCGGAGGGAGCAAAAAUGUGGACCGACUGUGGGUCCCUGAGGGACCGGAGUGGGAAACGCCGCCGUAGAGGGUUGUGACAUGGGUGUGACUCCUCACCCGUCCCGCUGUCUGGCCGCCCAAUACGAAAUUGGGUCACUUUUUGUUUUUUUUCCUUCAAUUCAUCUAUUCUUUAAAAUUGAGCAGCAGGCAGCAGGUCUGGUCCAUGUAAUAUGAUGGCAAAUUUAACUGUUGCUGACCAUCAAUAAUCCUUUAAUUAGAAUGACCCAGAGGCCAUUUUCAGCCUGCCCCUGUUUGCGAGGGGCACUGCCCCUACAGACUAUGGGGAUUUUGGAUGGGGGGGCGGGUUGGCCAUGGCGCAAUCCCAAGCUGAACACGUUGGCCUUAAAAUCCUGGAAAACCAGCUUCGUCCUCCCGUGCCCUCGCGCGCGGUCGGCCUGGUGUGCCCUGGGUAUGGCAGUGGGGUGCUGCUCACUGGCGCCCUCUAAAGACUCUCUGCAGGCACUGCUGCAGCUCUGCCCCCCCCCCCCCCCCCCCCCCCCUUCUGCGGCUGAUGUCUGUCGGUUUUGUACCAGAGAGACACCUUUGUCUACGGUAGAAAAAAAAUGCAAAAAUAGUUUCUGUAAAUAUGUUUUCAAAGCUGUAUAAUAUUUAAAUAAAGGAUAUAGUAUUUGUACUACA